AUGGUGAAGCUGUUCAUCGGAAACCUUCCCCGGGAGGCCACAGAGCAGGAGAUUCGCUCUCUUUUCGAACAGUAUGGGAAGGUGCUGGAGUGUGACAUAAUUAAGAACUACGGCUUUGUGCACAUAGAAGACAAGACGGCAGCUGAGGAUGCCAUACGCAACCUGCACCAUUACAAGCUUCAUGGGGUGAACAUCAACGUGGAAGCCAGCAAGAAUAAGAGCAAAGCUUCAACCAAGUUACACGUCGGUAACAUCAGCCCCACUUGUACCAACCAAGAGCUUCGAGCCAAGUUUGAGGAGUAUGGUCCGGUCAUCGAAUGUGACAUCGUGAAAGAUUAUGCCUUCGUACACAUGGAGCGGGCAGAGGAUGCAGUGGAGGCCAUCAGGGGCCUUGACAACACAGAGUUUCAAGGCAAAAGAAUGCAUGUGCAGUUGUCCACAAGCCGGCUUCGGACUGCCCCUGGUAUGGGAGACCAGAGUGGCUGCUAUCGGUGUGGGAAAGAAGGGCACUGGUCCAAAGAGUGCCCAGUAGAUCGUACAGGUCGUGUGGCAGACUUUACUGAGCAGUAUAAUGAACAAUAUGGAGCAGUUCGCACACCUUACACCAUGGGCUACGGGGAAUCCAUGUAUUACAACGAUGCAUAUGGAGCACUCGACUACUAUAAGCGAUACCGGGUCCGCUCUUAUGAGGCAGUAGCAGCGGCGGCAGCGGCUUCUGCAUACAACUACGCAGAGCAGACCAUGUCCCAUCUGCCUCAAGUCCAAAGCACAACUGUGACCAGCCACCUCAACUCUACUUCUGUUGAUCCCUACGACAGACACCUAUUGCCAAACUCUGGCGCUGCUGCCACUUCAGCUGCUAUGGCUGCUGCUGCGGCCACCACUUCCUCCUACUAUGGAAGGGACAGGAGCCCACUGCGUCGUGCUGCAGCCAUGCUCCCCACAGUUGGAGAGGGCUACGGUUAUGGGCCAGAGAGUGAGUUAUCUCAGGCUUCUGCAGCUACACGGAAUUCUCUGUAUGACAUGGCCCGGUAUGAACGGGAGCAGUAUGUGGACCGAGCCCGGUACUCAGCCUUUUAAAAACUGGAGGUGUGAACCUCAAAUGGACUGAAUAACCCUGAGUUGGUUGCAGUCCCAGGAGCCUGAUGUUAAUGAGGCUGCCAGGAUGAAAUACUCCAGAACUGUUGGGGAUCCAAAUUCGGGUCUCACCCUAGCAGAACUGAUCCAAGAACGUCACAACUUUUGAAGUCGAUUGGCACAGAUCAAGACCAAGAUUUGGCCCUUUGUCUGUAAUAAGUAGAGGAACUUGGUGUGAGUUAACUUUUUUUUUCCCCCAGCCAUUGGUGUCUGGAGUUCCCAUCAUCAAUAGAAGGAUUAGAGAAUUCUAGGAAUGAUUUCUUCUUUUGAUUUGGCAAGGGAGAUUUGGUCAAUUAGGGGAACUACUGGAACUGUGGCUCUCACUCUGUGACAGUGUGACAUGUAGGUGUGUUGGAAUUGGGUGAAUGACUGGCUGCUCCUUGAUAUCCUACCCCUUGUGACCAUCAUUUCUGAAAGCUUGUUUACUGUGAAAGAUUAAAACGAAACACAUUUAGAAUAGUGUAAUUCGCCAUAUAUGACAUCUCAGCAUCUUCUGCUUUUCCUGGACCCCAAACUUAAAUUGCAGUUCUUGAAAAUGUAUGUAUGCCCUUUGUUACAGCAACAGUUACAGUUUGUUACAGCCUUCUGUCACAGGGGUUUUCUUGCCUAAAAGAUGGAUAAGAAAGAUGUAUUUAUCACCAACACAUUCUUCAGCUAGAUUGCAUCUUGUCCUAUAUAUAUAGCCAUAAGUAGAUUCCUAUAUAUAUAGCUGUUGAUAGACUCCUAGGUAAUUACAUGGGAUAUGAGUUAGAUCCAGUCUGACUUGGUUUUGUUUUGUUCUUUUUUUCCCCCCCCUGGAAUACAGGACGGGACCCAGGGCGCUUGUACUCGGAGCCAGGCUGCUCUCCAGGCAUUGUGUAAGCCUCUUGUGUUGUGCUCUCUUUCAGGUAGGAUAAUUGCGGACUGAACCCUCGGGCUGCGGUCAUAUAUGAGAACUUGCUCCGCGCGGUCCCCUUUGCCGGGAUGUUUCCAUUGCUUCAUGUUUCAGUAAACAAAAGGAGUUUGUGACCAACUAUGUUUUCUUUCUUAAUUCUUCUAAGUUGACUUUUCUUUCCUCCUGAAACUAGUCUCUGUAGCCUUUCACUCUGUUCCUUAUAUUCUCAGCCUCUGAGCAGCCCUAGGUAAGGAUUAUGCUGGCAUCCCCUUUUUCCUGUGCAGUGGAACCCCUCUUAUCUUGCUUUCCCUAGGAGUUGAAUCCUCCCUGCCUACCUGCAGCAUCUCCUUUCCCUUUAAAAUGACCAUGUAGUGGCAAGCAGCCUUUUACUCUUCUGUUAGCUCUGGACUCUUAACACUGAAGUUACUCUUCUGAAAUUGCUAGGACCAUUGGGGGUUUUGUUGUUUUGUUUUGUUUUUUUAUGUCCAACCUGUGAUCGUGGUACAGCAUUAGCUGAAAUUUACCCUUGUUUUACUCCACUCCUCCCUUUUUUUUUUAAAAUUUUUUGACAAAUAAACGUUUCUAACACUUAAA